UUAGUAAUUUUUUUAAAUGAAAACUCGGAAAAGUUAUUUUUAGAUGAUUAUUUUCCAUAUAUUUUUAGCCAAGAAUCCCAACAACUUCAACAAGAAAAUCUUCACCAACAUUUAUUAUAUUCCCCAGCAGAAAUGUGUCGAAGAAGACAUUCAGCUAAUGUGAAACGCCGUCGGUCAUCGGCCGCUUCUUCUUCAUCAAAUUCUCGACGUUCUUCUUCAACAACUCUUUUAAUUGGACCCUCAACGAGAGAAAAAUCCGAAAAUGAGGUUAAUGUCAUAAAACAAGCAGAAGAAUGUCCUUCAACUUUGCUGGCUCAAAAUAUAACAAAAAAGCAAAACGGUGUUUCUCCCAAUUUUAUUCUCCCAACAUUAACAGAUAAAUACAACGGCCAAAUAGAUCAAAAAACCUGUAUAGACACAAACAAUCCAGUUCAAUUAAUUUUAAGAGAAAUUAGUGAUGCAUCUUUUGCAACUUUUCUUUAA